AUGAUGUUCUUCUGGGCCUUCAUUACGGCGGAAUCAUUCGGGUAUAUAGAGUUGCAUGCGUCUGCAGACGAGUCAGCAGGGAUUUUGUCACGAAUCUUCUUUUGUUGGACGAAUAUACUGAUUCAGAAAGGAGGCAAACUGCAGUUGAACUCGAUUGACGAUGUUUUUGCUCUGCCCCCGUCGCUUGAAGUGGCAGCUAUUGAGCAUAAAAUGAUCGAAAAUUCACCUACUUUCUAUUCCGAUGGUCAACACUAUUCACUCUCGUCAUCACUGUUGUCCACUUUUGGAGUGGCUUUCUUCUCUCUCGCCUUACUCAGAGUCGCAUCUGAUGCAUUCACCUUCGCAGGCCCUAUUCUGCUUCACCUUCUUGUUGAUAUUUUGGAGAAUCCAGCGCCAAAUCCGAUGGGCUUCUUGUAUGCCGCUUUAAUGGUCUUAUGUUCCCUCCUAGCUGCCCUGUUUUCGACCAAUUUCAGCUUUUAUGUGCAGAAAAUUAGCCUGAAAGUACGAGCAGCAACUGUUACUGCAAUUUAUGACAAACUGCUUAUGGUGCCCCUGAGCGAAAUGAGCAAGUUCUCGUCAGGGUCGAUUCUCAAUUUUGUUUCAACAGAUGUAGAUCGAUUAGUAAAUUUCUGUAACUCUUUCCAUGCCUUUUGGAGCUUACCAGUGCAACUGGCUAUCGCACUUUAUUUACUGUAUAGAGAGGUCGGCCUGGCAUUCCUUGCUGGAGUCGUUGCUGCACUAAUCCUGAUUCCUCUCAAUAAAUGCAUCACGAAUAGCAUUGGACGAAUGUCGGUGAAACUGAUGCAUUGUAAAGAUCAGCGAGUAAAGGUAUGUUCUUAA